AAAUUAAUUUAAAUAACAAUCUAAAUUUUCAGCAUGAGUCGAAGAACAACUGUUUCAUCUGAUAGUCCCAUGUUCCCAGAAGGUAUAUUUCACAGCAUUACAUCAAAUACGAAAAAUUUAAGAAUGGGUAUUAGUUCCAUCAGUAGUAUACAUCGAACAAUAUCAAUGUCCAGGGUGUAUGGAGGACUUGGCGUUUUGUACUACGGGGGACUAGAAAUCGAUUUGGAUAAAAUACUUCAGGUAGAUAUUAACACAAGUAGAACCGAAAGCAGAGGUACGGUGAAAGCAAGAAGUAUCAAGCUGGCAUUAGAAAUGAGUGCAAGAGGAGUUAUGGAAAAAGACAUUAUUGUAAUUUGUAGUCAAAAUAACGUCGAUGAAACAAUAGUAAUUUUGGCGUCAUUAUUUUUGGGUGCUAUAGUAGCCCCACUUGAUCCAGAGGGAAGUUAUAAAGAAAAGGAAUUCCUUAUCAAACAAUUAAAGCCGAAAAUGUGCUUUGUGGAUUCACGAACUGUAACAUAUGUUCAACGAAUACUACAUAAAUAUAAAUUGCGUGGAACUGCCAUUAACUUUAGUGUAGAGAGCGGUGGUAUAUCGGAAUUCAGUAAACUGCUUCACCACAAAGAAGACGAAAAAUUCCGACCAGUACAUAUUUCAGAUACUAAAAGAACAGUUGCUUUCGUAUUACCAACACAAGGAACAACGGAUUUUCCAAAGCUAGUUUGCAUUUCCCACGAUAAUAUUCGAUUGCAGUGUUUAAUUUUCUAUGAAAUAUUUCAAGAUCUCACAAACGUUCUAUCCUUUUUUCCUCUUUCUUGGUAUUUUCACAUUGUAACAAUUUGUGUGUGCUUAGAAUUUGUAGUAACCCUGAUUAUUCCACGACCAUUUAAUGAAAGAAAUGGCUGUAAAAUCAUUCAAGAUUUUAAUGUUGAAUGCCUUAUUAUUGGCACUGAUUACGCAAUACGGCUUUUUCAUAGUUCAGCUUCUAAGGAUUUUAAUUUGAAUUGCUUAAAAUCAGUUUUGAUUGGCCUCAACAAUACAUUAAAGCACGAUAUAUUUUCACUAAGGCAAUCCAUGCCAAAGGUAAUGUUUCUAUCCAGCUAUUUCCUCGUAGAAACUGGGUGCAUAGCUGCAACAAAGUCCAAAGAUUACAAUUCAAUUAUUUUAGAAAGACCAAUGACUGCUGGAACCAUAACAUUAAACUGCAAAGUUAAGAUAAUUGAUGUUAAGACUAAAGAAAUAUGUCCUCCAAGAAAGUACGGAGAAAUAUAUUAUACAGGCGAUGGACUUAUGCUCGGCUAUUUUAAAGAUCCAGAGAAAACCUUAGAAGUAAGAGAAAAGGGAUAUUUCCGAACUGGAGACAUAGGUAUGUUUGAUGAAUUCGGAUGGUUAUACGUUUUGGGAAGAUUUGAAGAUAUGAUUGAAUUUGAUGAAUGGUCUUUGAGUCCCAUGGAUAUUGAAGAAGUGAUCUUACGACAUCCUACAGUAAAAGAUGCAGUUGUUGUUGGAAACGCUAAAGAAGUUGUCGCACUGGUAAAAAAAUAUCCUGAUGCGAAAUUUGAGGAGUCCGAUUUAACACGGCACAUUGGUGAAUCAUUACCGUCAAAAUAUUGGCCAUCAAGAAUUAUCUUACAGGAACACUUUCCUCGCACGACUGUAGGUUCGGUUAGAAGAAAAAAAAUAAGGGAAGAUCUUCUACAAAUUACUGUACGUUACAGUAGCAGCAUGUCAAUCAUAAGUGAAAUCAACAGAUUGCAGCAAUAACUAAAAUUGAAUCAUAUUUUUAGUUCUUAGAUUAUAAUGUAAAUUAUUAAAGUUUUAUGUAUA